GAAUAUCAAAACAACUCUGUUAACAGCCUGCAGGCAAAAAGUGGACAGCAGCCAGAGUAGGUUCAACAACAUAAACAGACAUUGUGAGACAGGCCUUUUAAGACAGCCUACUCCUACCCAUCUUACAAUAUCCCAUUUCUCCUGGAGAGGUAAGAAGCCAGUUAGCAUGUCCCGAGGAAGCUUUGUAUUCACUUCCACAGCCCUGCGUUCUCUUGAACUUGACAAGGAAAUGCUGGAGAGAGACAAAUACAAGAAGCAGCUUGUCACCCACCACCUCAGUAGCUAUAUGAUGAAAAAAGAGGCAAUGGACAGAACACAGCUGAAGUCAAGCAUUGCUCAGCCAGUAGCCGUCUGCCAAGACAUGGUCAUCCAAAAUGCUUUGUAUACAGGAGACCUGGAGGCUAUGCAGCGUCUUUUUCCAAGAGGAUCCACAGCAAACUUUAUCAUUGAGCCUCAGGGAGGGGAAAUGCGCUGGGUCGCCCGGGGUGAAGGACUAUGGUCACUGACUUAUGAGCAAGAACUGACGACGCCACUUCACAUCACAGCUGGUCGAGGUUUCACUGACUGCCUGAAACUUCUGUUGCAACGUGGGGCAAAUGUGGAACAGGCACCCGGGGGCAUCACUGCUCUGCAUCAGUCCUGUGAAAACUGCCAGGCAGAGUGCACCAAGCUGCUGUUGAUCCAUGGUGCCAAUGCCAACGCUGUUUCAGAAGAUGGCCUCAUGCCUUUGCAUGUUUGCACAAGCCCUGAAUCUCUUGAAUGUGCUAAACUACUCCUUCAGUAUGGUGCUGCAAUCAAUGGUCGCACUGUGGAUGAAGAUGAUACUCCCUUACAUGCUGCUGCCAAGAAUGGCCUUCCAGACCAUGUUGAGCUCUACCUCCGAUACGGAGCAGCUGUGGACAAACAAAACGAUGAAGGUCUCACACCCCUGAACGCAGCAUGUUCACAACCACAGGACGUACAGGACCUAGGACGUUACUUCAAGGUGUGCCAGCUGCUGCUGGGGGCAGGGGCCAGUGUUCACUCUAUGGAUCAGGACAAACACAUGCCUUUGCAUAUGGCCUGUAAGAAUGUAAAUCCAGACAUAGUUGAUCUGCUGCUGGCUAACGGCGCCUGCGUUAACACCAUGGACUAUGGUGGUGAAGCUCCUAUGCACAACAUCCUGAAAGUGGUGUGCUUCAAAGUUCCCCAUGAUCCUGAGAGGAUUGUGCGUGCUCUGCUCAACCAUGGUUCAAUUCGAGUGUGGCCAGGAGCUCUCCCUGUGGUUUUGAAGCACUGCUCGCAAUCUCCUCGCACCAUUGAGGUUCUCCUGAAUGCUUACAGUCACCUGAAAGUCACAGAUACCUGGAGAGAAUCUGUGCCUGAAGAGGCGUUAAAGGUGUACAAAGAGUUCUAUGAGUCGGUCUUCUCCUUAGCAAUGACACCUCGCACCCUCCAGCACUUAGCUCGCUGCAGACUCAGGAGCUUCCUGGGGGCCCAGGUACACAAAGUGGUCCCAAAACUUGAUCUGCCCACCUUCAUCAAGAACUACCUGCUCCUGGAAUAUAGAGGAUAUGUUCACUGAAAACAUGUGUUGUUUUUUAAUGAAGGCUGCUUUUAAAUGUUAAUACGUGAAUGUUUCAUUUAUAAUAAUUUUGCUUAUAAACUGCACAUGAAUUGCUUCAGCACAUAUGUAUGAUUUGACACCGCUAGAGGGAGCUAUAGACUAGAACUGAAAGUUCAUUUGCAAUUUUAUAUUUUAUUUUAUUUAUAUUUUUUCUACUUGUGUAUUUAAAGUUAAGGAGCUUGGGAUUUUACAAUAAUCUUCAUAUUUUGAUGUAAAUGCCCACAAUAAUAAUGUAUUAAUUUGAGGAUUACCCUAAAAUAUUUGCAUGAGUUGUACUCACGGAGAUUAUUAACAUUAACGAUUUAUAUAAAAUAUGCUUGGUAUAGAAUAAAACAGACCUAUUGUGGCCUUUUCAUGUUAAUAUUGUUUCCUGUAAUUUUAUUUGUU